UCCUCCCUCUUCAGUCUUCCUUGAGCCGCCACUAGUAUAAAACAUCGCUCCUCCCCAAGCAUCCCCAAUUCUUCGCCAACAAAAUAUCGAUCUUGUUCUUGGCUGCGUUGUUGAGAGCUGAUAGUCUCCAUUCCAGAAAUUGUCGGGUUCAAUUGGAUCCCAACCCCACUCCUCAGGAGGUCCGCCCGCCAUCGCCAUGGGCAGCCGGUUUGUGAAUCUGUUGGCCAUGAGCUGCAACGGCGGCCCCAGACACUUCAGCCUUCACUGCUUGAACCCGGCAAACUUAUUUCGCCCAGCCCGGUCACGGCCAGCGCUUCGAGCAGUUCAUCGACGGCCAGCGGACGCCCCGCUGCCUCCGCCGUCCCUGUCAUUCGACUGGCCCUGCAGGAAGGGCGAAGAGGCGUGGAUGAAUUUCAUGGCUUUCGGCCCCGGCCGGGAAAACCUCCUCGCCGUGGACCAAAUCGGCAGGAGCUUCUUGUACAACCACGACUCGCGCUUGCUCCGCACUGGGAUGCCCAAGAUGCGCAAGCCCAUUAUCGACCCCAUCUCCGUUGCCGUGGGCGACAGCCUAUACGUCAUGAGCGGCAACCCUGGCCGGCUGCCCGAUCGGGGCUGCUUCCAGGCUCUCCUCAACACCCGCCUGCCUGCUAGCCACGCCCAAGACUGGUGCUGGUAUUCCCUCCAGCCACCGCCUUUCUUUGCCGACGACGAUGACGGGGUGGAUCGAUCCAGCUGCCGCGAUGCCCCAAUGCCCUUUGAAAUCAGUGCCUACGCCGUGGUUGACGAUUCACAGAUCUGGAUAUCCACAUCUGGCGCCGGCACAUACUCGUAUGACAUCGCGAGUGGCGCGUGGAGCAAACUAGGCAACUGGGCACUGCCGUUCAGAGGUCGCGCCGAGUACAUCCCUGAGCACAACCUCUGGUUUGGCUUCACACCCGACGAUUUGCUGCUCUGCACAUCGGACCUCACUGCCUCGUGUGAGUUGAGGCCGCCCGUGCUGCAGGAUGUGUGGACAGACGUGAACAGGCCAGAAGAUUGGACCCUGACAGACGCCAGCAUUGUGCCGCUCGGCUCCGGUCAAGUCUGCGUUGCCAGGUUCUUUCUUACCUGCCCAGAGGAGAGCAUUGAGGAUGUGUAUGGCUAUGCCCUUGAGAAAACAGAGAGUUUUGCUGUUCUCGAGGGCGUCAAAUUGUUAAAGGCUGGGUGGGCUCAUCUCCGGAUGGUUAAGCACAAGUCGGAGCGUUACGUCUUCGGCCGUGACCUUGUCAUACCGCUGUGAUAAUUUGUACUUCAUCUAUGGCAAGUAUGCUACUCGACGAUGGACUGUCAGCAGAACUUUGGCAGGAACGGCGGAUAAAGUGUUCAAUGCAUUCAGCAACGACUUGGGGGCUGAAAAACUGAAGAUGCUUUUGUGUUGCCCCUUUUAUCUUCUGACGGAAUUAGUUUCAUGUCUAUCUGUGGUCGUCACAUAUAUCUUGUGAUGUAGAGAUCAGGGUUGAAGAUUAUUAACCUAUGUAUAAUAUAUAUGCUAAAAAACUAUCUAUUGUCCCUUUAGCAUUACUAGCAAA